AUGGCGUGGGGAUUGCCAAAACUUCCUGGACUGUCCUUCUCGGACCCAACCAAAACUAAAUAUCACAUGCGGAGCUCUCUGCGUUAUUACCAAGGAUAUAGAUUCCCAGACACGGUGGUACGAGGACCUGGCGGUGCAGCCACGGAUGUGGACAGCAAUGCCUUUGCAUUACCCGAGGAUUCUGUAAACUACGAUCCCUCAUUGACGUAUGGUCGGGUGAAGCAAUCGGCACUACCGGCUGUCAUACCGCAUUGGGUACAUUACGACAAGCGCUGCCUCAACUUCACCGCGUUCUUCAAGCAGCCCGUCUACGAGAGUCCUGACGAGAAUUACAGAGUGCGGAUUGUGAACAUCGUUUAUUUCCUUGAAGAUGACACUCUCACCGUUAUGGAGCCGCGGACGAAGAAUUCUGGUUUGUGGCAAGGCAAGUUGGUGAAGCGUGGUAAAAUCCCAAAAAAUGAUAUGGGUGAAUAUUGGCACUGGAAGGACUUGGACAUCGGCAAGGAUAUUUGCAUAUAUGGCAAGGUGUUUCACACGGUCUCCUGUGAUCUUUUUACAAAGGAAUGGUUGGAGUCUCAAGGAAUAGAAUUGUCGAAGGAAGAAGAAUUGCCGAUAGAUCCAUACACAGAAAAAGAACGAUGGAAAUCAGUGCAGCCGCCGAAGCGGAUGAAAUCUUUCGACGACCCCCUUCGACGUUUUCUAGAAUACGAUGGAAAAGUUCUUGCCUUUAACGCGGUGUGGGAUGAUCGCGAUUCGGUGAAUGGUGAACUUGGCGAAUAUAAGCUGUUCUACUUCCUGCAAGACGAUACCAUCGCCAUAAAGGAGCUUCAUGACGGUAGAGGUGGGAAAGAACCAUUUCCAAUGCUGUUGAAGAAAACUAAACUGCCGAAAAAAUGGAAGGAGAAGCCUGUAUCGUUUCCGUCCAUUGUAUUGGAGACUACUGAAGAUGAGGUGACGGAGUACUACGCGCCGCGAGACCUUAUCGUGGGUGAAACGAUCUUCGUGUUUGGCCGCCGCUUCUUACUCUACGACUGUGAUGACUUUACCAGAAGAUAUUUUAAAACAAUGUUAAACAUUGAUCAGCCAUCAAGGAUAGAGAUACCUCGCGAGAAGACGAAAGAAAUUGCUAAGGCGUUCCCGCCGCAUAUUGGUAUUGGUGCGCCCGAGGAUACUCUGCAAUCUUGCUUCGGCUUAAUGCCUAAGCCACCUCACAAAGACAUCAUUAAAUACAAUCUCAACGCAAACAAGUAUCUGCGCUAUCUUUGUGAGUUAGACUGGAUCCAUCCGGAGGAUAAAGAUAGAAAAUUCGUACUAUCAUACAGUCUAGCAGAUGGCACGAUCAAGAUUGGUGAGAUUCCACGUCGGAAUUCUGGAAUACGAGAAGGAAAAUUCUUAAGUUCAAUGAGGCUUCAGACGCCCGAUUCGGAUCCGAAUUUUCCAACAUAUUACACACCUGAUAAGUUCUAUAUAGGAGCAAUAAUACCCGUGUUCAAACAUCGUUUCAAGAUUGUGGGCUGCGAUCUUUUCGUGUAUAAAUACAUGAACGCCAAUCCCGAGAAAUUCCCACAGGAGGUUAUCGACAACGUACGCAACUAUCAUAUGCGAGAGGGCAACCUGAAGGACGAACUUGAGGAAGCAGUUAGAGAACAACAAGAUAGCGAGACGCGCGCUCAGCUUGCCAAGAUCGGUCAGGCAGCGGUGGCGGAGCCCGAUGCGAUGGAGCGUUGCUUGGCGGAUCUACGCGUGGUGGAGGGCAGCGCUACGCCGCCUCGGGCGCCCACGCCGCCUGCCACUACUGAUCGCAUAUCAUAUGAGGACUCCUUGCGUGUUGCUAGACUCAGCAAACCGCCAUGUGACAACGUAUUACCACUGAAAGGCAUACUAAAAUCUGGCGAAGCACGUGAAGAUCACCAGAAGAUAGUGUGCUUCAGUGGGCCUACAGCUGAAGAACAUCGUGGAAAUAAGUCUGUACCAGAGUAUUAUCCGAGUGUACAACAAUUUAACGAAGAUCCGAACUUCUGCGAAAAAUACAAAGAUCCGGGUGCAGCAGAAAGGGCUGAUCGACGAGCAAGAAAUGAAUGUCCCUAUGAAAUCUCACCCAGUGCACGAAUGCUCGGCAAUGAUACAGAAGAUAGUGACGAGCCUCACCUUCCAGGGUUUCUUGGCACGUAUGGUGUUGACUGCAAAGAUGUAUCCGACUACAUGCGUUUGCCAAAGGACGCAUACGAACGCGUUAAGACGUUACGGCAGCAGAUACCGAGAAUAUCGCCGGAGGCAGAACGAGUGGCCGAAUUUCCUCGAGAAGAGUCACCUCCAGUUGAAAAUUGUUUGAAGCCCCUGACAGGAGAACACGAUCCCUGUCCUUCGUACAAAGAAGAAGAUGUUGCCUUUAGUUGUCCGCAUACUGAACCUAGUAUUCCUUGUUGCGAUCCCAAUAAAAGAGACGCUUUGCCUUCUUAA